UCAGAUAGCAAGCAUGGAAGCCCAAGAAAAUAUGUUGUUGAUUGCUAGGGCACUUGUUGUAGCAUCCUUACUCUACAUUUUGAUCCGUAUGUUUAUCUCAAAAUUGAGCACCACCGGCAACCCUCUGCCCCCGGGGCCGAGGGGAUUUCUAGUGGUGGGCGCCCUCCCCUUGCUGGGCGACAUGCCACAUGUCGCCCUAGCAAAAAUGGCCAAAACUUACGGCCCGAUCAUGUACCUGAAAAUGGGCACAGUAGGUAUGGUCGUGGCGUCCACGCCAGACUCGGCGCGGGCGUUCCUUAAAGUCCAUGACGCUAAUUUCUCAAACCGGCCAGUCAACGCGGGCGCCACUAUCCUGGCAUACAACGCUCAGGACAUGGUGUUCGCCCCGUACGGCCCCAAGUGGAGACUGCUGAGGAAGCUGAGCAGUCUCCACAUGCUGGGGAGCAAGGCCCUGGAGGAGUGGGCCGACGUCCGGACCGCAGAGGCGGGGCACAUGCUGGCGGCGAUGCACGAGGCCAGCCGCCUGGGCGAGGCCGUGGGGUUGCCGGAGAUGCUGGUGUACGCGACCGCAAACAUGAUCGGGCAGGUGAUAUUGAGCCGGAGAGUUUUCGUGACGAAAGGGAAGGAGAUGAAUGAGUUCAAGGAAAUGGUGGUGGAGCUCAUGACCACAGCUGGCUACUUCAACAUUGGUGAUUUCAUUCCAUGGCUUGCUUGGAUGGAUUUGCAGGGGAUUCAGAGAGGGAUGAAGAAACUGCACAAGAAGUGGGAUCGCUUGAUCGGGAAGAUGUUGGAUGAUCGAUUGAAAUCAACCUACAAACGCAACGACAAGCCAGAUCUUCUUGAUUCCCUCUUGGCAAAUCAUGAUGAUGAGAGUAAGGAUGAUGAUGAUGAUUGCAAGCUCACCACCACCAAUAUUAAAGCCCUUUUACUGAAUUUAUUUACGGCAGGGACAGACACAUCGUCGAGCAUAAUAGAAUGGGCAUUAGCAGAGAUGAUCAAGAAUCCAAGCAUCCAAAAAAGGGCUCACCAAGAGAUGGACAGAGUCGUCGGGAGAGAGCGGCGUUUGCUCGAAUCCGACGUCCCAAAUCUGCCAUACCUCAAAGCCAUAUGCAAAGAGGCAUACCGAAAACACCCUUCCACGCCGCUAAACCUGCCUCGGAUCUCCACGGAUGCAUGCGUCGUCGAUGGCUACCACAUCCCCAAGAACACGAGGCUGAGCGUCAACAUCUGGGCCAUAGGCCGAGAUCCCGACGUUUGGGAGAAUCCCCUUGACUUCAACCCUGACAGGUUUCUGUCAGGGUUGCAGGGGAUUGAGCCCGGAGGGAAUCACUUCGAGCUGAUUCCCUUUGGGGCGGGGCGCAGGAUCUGCGCCGGCAGCAGAAUGGGGAUUGUAAUAGUGGAGUACUUGCUGGCGACGCUCGUGCACUCUUUCGAAUGGGAUUUGCCGGCCGGCGCAGCAGAGAUGGACAUGGAGGAGGUGUUCGGGCUGGCCUUGCAGAAAGCUGUACCACUUGCUGCUAGGCUCACUCCUAGGUUGCCUUCACAUUGCUAUGCACCUCCUAUUUAAUUUGCAUAUUUACAUAUGCUGUGUUACAUUGAGCCAUUGCAUAUGUUGUAUCCAACCUAUCUUAUAACUUAGUGCAUGAAAUGGAAAACAAAAGAAUAGGAUAGUGAGUUUGGUUUGCUUAACUUUGUGACUAUGGCAAAUUAAUCAAAAAAUUUUAUGUUGGCAAA